AUUGACCUUUCGGGUGGUCGUCUGUUACCCAGGCAACCGACGGAGCACUAACCCCUUCUAAUGUGAAUAUACCGUGUAGUCGUCACAACCACCCGAUGGUGGUCGAAACGUGAGCGACUAUUAACCAUGUUCGUUUAAUAAUCCUUCGUUUUCACAUCUUAAAACCAUGCAUCCACCUUCAUCUGUUACAUUUCUUCUUUUCUUUCUUCUUUUUAAAGUGAAAUAACUUAACAUACCAAUGUACAUAACUUAACUAAAGUUUCUCUGUUUUAUGUUAUCAUUAGAUGUGUGCUUUUAAGAUGUGAAAACGAAUGAUAGUGUAUUCAACUCUUAAAUGUUAAUUGAAACACCGUAAUAUAUGUAAAUAGUAGUGAAAUUUAAUGCCAGAGAAAUAAGUUUUAAAAUCGUUUGAAAUUCAAUUUUAAUGAAUGGAAUUUCGAUUUAUGUAAUUGAUGCUACGUCAAGUGUAAUAUUUGAAAGAUGUCAAGCGCGGUGACGAGCAAAAUUAUAGAAACCCGAGUAUAUGAUGGGCAAAAGCCGGGUACGUCCGGAUUGCGAAAAGCCGUACGGAUAUUUAUGCAAGAACAUUAUACGGAAAAUUUCAUUCAAGCAAUAUUACAAGCUCUUGGAGAACAAUUGCUUGGUAGUACAUUAGUUGUUGGUGGCGAUGGAAGGUAUUAUGGGAAAGAGGUAGUUAGAAAAAUCAUCAGGAUUGCAGCAGCCAAUGGAGUAAAUAAAUUAAUAGUCGGGCAAAAUGGAAUACUUUCGACUCCAGCUGUGUCUACUAUAAUAAGAAAAUACAAAACUUUAGGGGGAAUUGUCCUAACAGCAUCUCAUAAUCCUGGUGGACCUGACGCUGAUUUUGGUAUUAAGUUCAAUUGUGAAAAUGGUGGCCCUGCUCCAGAUAAUGUCACAAACAAGAUUUAUGAGAUUACUAAAGUGCUCAAAAAUUAUAAAAUUAUACCUGAUAUAGCCAUAGAUAUAGACAAGAUACAUAGUACUACAAUUCAGGUGGAUGGAAAUCCAUUUACAGUAGAAAUAAUAGAUUCUGUAGAUGAUUACUUAGAACAUAUGAAGAAUAUCUUUGACUUUUCUAGUAUUAAAACAUUAUUGCAAGGAAGUAAUGAUCAUCCUGCUUUUAAAGUUCUUAUCAAUGGAAUGAAUGGAGUCACUGGUCCAUAUGUAAGACGAAUAUUUAGUCAUGAAUUAGGUGUUAGUGAGUCAAGUAUUGUUAAUGUAACUCCAUUAGAAGAUUUUGGUGGACUUCAUCCUGAUCCAAAUUUAACAUAUGCCAAAGAUUUAGUGGAUGCUAUAAAAAAUGGUCCAUAUGACUUUGGUGCUGCUUUUGAUGGGGAUGGAGACAGAAAUAUGAUACUAGGCAAAAAUGCUUUCUUUGUUACACCUUCUGAUUCAUUAGCUGUGUUAGCUGCCAACUUAAAUUCAAUACCAUAUUUUAAAAAGACUGGUAUCAAAGGAUAUGCUAGAUCCAUGCCAACAGGUGCUGCAGUAGAUAGAGUUGCAGCUAAAACUGGUGUUAAAUUAUAUGAAGUACCCACAGGCUGGAAAUAUUUUGGUAAUUUAAUGGAUGCUGGUCAUCUGUCACUCUGUGGAGAAGAAAGUUUUGGGACAGGUUCAGAUCAUAUUCGUGAAAAAGAUGGAAUAUGGGCUUGUCUCGCGUGGCUUAGUGUAGUUGCAAAUCUUGGAAAGUCUGUAGAAGAUAUAUUAUUAAAUCACUGGCAAACAUAUGGAAGGAAUUUCUUUACAAGGUAUGAUUAUGAAAAUUGUGAUUCUGAAGCUGCAAAUAAAAUGAUGCAUCACAUUGAAUCAGAAAUACAGAAACCUGAAUUUACGGGUUCAAAAUUAACAUCUGGAAGCAAAGUAUAUGUUGUAAAAUUAGGCGAUAAUUAUUCGUAUGUAGAUCCUAUUGAUGGAAGCCAAGCUAGUAAACAGGGAUUAAGAAUUCUAUUCCAAGAUGGUUCUCGUAUAAUUUAUCGUUUAUCUGGUACGGGAAGUUCUGGAGCUACUAUUCGUGUGUAUGUUGAUAGCUAUGAAGAUGAUCCAGCAUCUUUAAACAAAGAUGCUCAAGAAGUUCUUAAACCAUUGGUUACUAUUGCGUUAGAAAUAAGUAAAUUACGCGAAUUUACUGGUCGUGAUGCACCAACCGUGAUUACAUAAUACGUAAGUUCUUUAUCGUUAUCAAAUCGUACAUGCAUAAAACAAAAAAAAAAAAAAAAAAAAAAAAAAAAAUUGUUUCACAUUAUAAGCAACUUGUAUAA